AUGUGGUUAUAUACUGCAGUGAUACGGCCUAUUAUUGCAUACGGCGCUGUGGUUUGGUGGCCUAGAACCAAACUCACCACAGCGAGGAAUAAACUGCAGCGUUUCCAAAGGUUAGCAAGCAUUGCUACCACGGGCUGCAUGCGAACUACACCCUCAGAGGCCCUGGAGGUCCUUUUAGGACUACCGCCCUUGGACCUAUUCAUACAGCAAGAGGCGGCCUCCGCGGCGGUGAGGCUUAAAUCACUCAACCUCUGGGGUGCAUCGAACGGGGCUCACACCAUGAUCCUUAGGAACGCCAUUGAAUACCAACCACUAAUGAUGGCUCCUAACGACAGGGUACCCAAAGUAUACAUCUUCAACAGAAAAUACAACAUACAACUUGUUGAGGAGGAAAACGAUUGGUCGAGAAUACACGAACUACGCAUAUACACCGACGGUUCUAAAACCAAGACAGGGUCGGGUGCGGGCGUGUACUCUCCCGAAAUAAACACGCAUAUCUCAACAGCCUUAGGCGAGUAUAGCUCCAUCUACCAAUGUGAAUGCUUCGCCAUUAUACAGGCUGCCAACGCAGUAGCUAAGCGACGUAUCACAAACCAAGAGAUACGCAUCGUGUCUGACAGCGCUGCAGUACUGCGAGCCCUAGAUAGCAAGACCAUUCAGUCCGGGCUCAUACUAGAGUGCCACCGAGCAUUGGAGGUGAUAGGGUCAAACAACCUAGUCACGCUACAAUGGAUAAAGGGGCACAGCGGCUCUCUAGGGAACGACGCAGCAGACGAGCUGGCCAGGAAAGGUUCGGACCAGAAAGCGACUGGGCCAAUCCCGAUGCUUCCCUUACCGUUUGGUCAACUCAGGUCAUGGAUGCGUCAAAAAACCAGAACACAACACGCUGAGCAAUGGGCAAACACCAGUACCUGUAGACAUUCCCGGGAAGUAGUGCCACACCCGGAUGCGCGCUUAACAAAGCGCCUACUAACUCUGAAUAGAGCAUCGCUACGAAUAAUCGUAGGCAACAUUACUGGACACUGCCCACUUAACAAACAUUUACAUGUUAUAGGUAAGACCGACAGCCCUCUAUGCCGAGGAUGCCUGUCGGCCGAAGAAACGGUCGCCCACGUCAUCCUGGAGUGCGAGGGAGUGAACACACAACGGGCUCAAAUCCUCAAAACGACGAGGUCACUCCGAGAAGCCUGUGGAGACACCAGGAGGAUCCUGCGCUUCUGGGCGGAGUUAGGCUGGCUAGACCCCUAG